AUGAUAGUGACUGUCGAGUGUAGUAUAGGUAAGUGUCUUGUCCGCAAACCUUUCGAAGGUGACCUCCUUCCUGCAUCCACCGACCAUCCCUAUGUUGGCAACGCUUUCGGCUGGGCCAAUGUACUUGUUACCGCGGGCGACAUAACUUCCAAGCCGCUUAGCUGGCUCGCACGGCAGGUCCGGCACGCCAUUAACGAACAGGGCACGCGUGCUCAACGCGAGGCGUAUUACGCCAUGGUUCGCACUUCUGGAACCGAUCUGCCUAUUAUUGUAUUUGGGGAGGGUGGCAUGGCCGAAGUCGGGUUCUCCAUUUGGUCGAAAGCUGGCUUGUUCAACUCAGACUUUUCCCCGGCUCGUCGGGGCCCAAGGGAUGACAGCCUGCCGUGCAGGCCUUCACACGUUCAAGAGAAUCAUGGCCCUGUGAAGCCUGGGGAUGGUUUCUUUAUCCUCGGGAAGGUUGGGAAGGGGAAUUACUGGACCUCCGCGUGUAAGUGGAAGGGCCGGUGGGCGAAGUUUGAGGAGCAGCUGAAAGAUUUUUACAUAUCUGGACCAGUGUAA